UUGUAAGAGUUUUCCGCGAAAAUCGAACAAUAGUGAAUGAAAACCAUAUGAAAACCGCAACCGAUUCUUAGAUAAUCGAACACGUAUUUCAUUAAUAUACUCUUACUAAAUACUUAACCAUUCGUUCGUGCAUUUCUGUUUAAAAUGAUUCACGAUAUCGGGGAAUAUUUUGACACCGCCCUGGCGCUCGUUAAAGCUGCGGGAAACCUUAUGACUGAGCAUGUAAGUGGCUGUAAGAAAUUCGAGUUGAAGUCAUGCGCUAUUGAUUUAGUUACAGAGGUAGAUAAAAAAGUGGAAGAGACCCUUAUAAAUGGGCUCUCCAACAAAUACCCCACUCACAAGUUUAUCGGCGAGGAAUCUGUCGCAGAAGGCACCAAGUGCGAUUUUACUGACGAUCCAACGUGGAUUAUAGAUCCUGUAGAUGGUACCAUGAAUUUCAUACACGGGUUUCCUAACAGUUCAAUUUCAGUUGGGCUUUGCAUCAACAAGGAGAGCGUGUUAGGUAUCAUUUACAAUCCUAUGUUAAAUCAGCUCUUUACUGCUCAGAAAGGCAAAGGUGCAUUCUACAACGACAGACAGAUACAUGUGUCUAAUGUUAAGCUGUUGAAAGAAGCGCUGGUGACAUUUGAAGCUGGCACAAGUAAUGCGGAAGAAAAACGUCAAGUUGUAUUUCAAAAUUUUGAAAUAAUGGUGCGUAACGCACAUGGUGUGAGAUGUUUAGGGUCUGCCGCACUUAACAUGGCUAUGGUUGCUUUAGGAGGGGCUGAUGUUAACUUUGAGUUUGGUAUCCAUGCGUGGGACAUUUGCGCUGGAGAUAUACUGGUACGAGAAGCAGGUGGAGUGUGCAUAGACCCAGCUGGAGGCCCAUUCGACAUCCUAUCACGUAGAGUACUCUGUGCCAGCACACCAGAGCUAGCUCAAGAGGUUGCUAGUACAAUAGUUCAAUUGUAUCCAGAGAGGGAUUAAAAGUACUUAGCAACAUGAAAACGGUACUUAAAAGUUAUAUUUACAUUAUACGAUUUUGACCAUGCAUUGUUUUGUUGGUACAUUAAAAUUAGCCAAAUUUUAUAAGAUUUGUAAUAAAUAUUCUCUGGACAGAUUUUGAAUGUAUUGAUUUUCAGUGCCAAACAAUUUCUGUUCCAAUACAAUGAAGUUGAUUUUUUUUUGUGUUUUCUUAAGUGAAAUAAGCAAUGUUAUAACAACUUAUGUACUUGGUACUUGGUGUAACGGGCUGGUGUCCGCAACUCGACGACAAGGCGCCUAUUUUGCGUGUUACAACUUAUGUAAUUGAAACGUACAUAUAACUGAAUUACUAUUUAACGUAAGUGUUUAUGAUGUUUUUGUUAUAAAUGUAUAGUUUAUCAUUGAGUAAAUAUUGUAUGAGUUGAUACUGUUAGAAAAGGAGCUAGAUCUUGUUGUAAAUUAUGACUUACUUUGUCUUGUUGUUGUAAACUUGUUAUUUUUUUAAAUAAUCUAAAUGAAAUACUAUUAGAUAGUAGAGAUUAGAUGAACUCAUUUUCAUUUUUAUUAGUAUUUAUUUUAUACAUUAAAUAUUCUCAUUCAAGCUAUUUAUCGAAAACCUACUAUUGACUAUGUGCACACAACACUUCUUUUAUAGUAUUUACAAUAUCAGUUCUUAACAUAAAUAGUACACAGCUGGGCAUAGGCAUCUUAGUAAAUUCAAACGUACAGUAAAUGUUUCAAAGAACAUAAAUUGCAUUAAAGCCUAAAUACCAGUAUAGUUAUUUCUCAUUUUAAUUUGAACCACAUUGUUAACAAGACUGUUUGUUGUAUAAGUAGAACCGCAGUCUAUUUCUGGGAACUGCUGUAAAAUGUGAA